ACUAUGGAUCCCGCGGAGGACUGGCUGGUGGAAUCCCUGCGCUUGUACCAGGAUUUCCAUGCCUUUGACCUCGCAGGAGCCACUCGUGUCCUUGAAUGGGUUGGUGACAAAGGAGUCUUUGUUGCUGGCUAUGAAAGCCUGAAAAAGAAUGAAAUUCUUCAUCUGAUACUACCUCUCAGACUUUCCGUAAAGGAAAACCAGGGCUUAUUCCCGGAAAGAGAUUUUAAAGUGCGCCAUGGGGGAUUCUCAGACAGAUCUGUCUUUGAUCUAAAACAUGUGCCAGAUACCAGGUUGCUAGUGACCAGUGGACUUCCAGGGUGCUACCUGCAGGUGUGGCAGAUCGCAGAAGACAGUGAUGUCCUCAAAGCCGUCAGCACCAUUGCUGUGGAUGAGGAUGGGUGUCUCUGGCCCAGGGUAGCCAUCUUUCCCUCCACGGCCCCCGGAGUCCUUCACGGUGUGCGGCUCAGUGACCUGAAGAUUGCAGACCUAGAAUCCCAGAAGAUCACGUACUGCUCAGGUGUCAGUGACAGGGAGGAGCUGAGUAGCCUGCAGGUCCUGGAUGCAGACACCUUUGCUUUCUGCUGCACCUCUGGCCGGCUGGGCCUCGUUGAUACCCGCCAGAAGUGGGCAUCCGUGGAGAAUCUCAGCCCCAGCCCUGGGUCUGCUGGAGGGAGAUGGUGUGCAGAAGUUAAGGACAGGGGCCAAGGUACUGGACCCUGCAUCGCCAGCCUUGGCUCAGAUGGGCAGCUCCGUCUUCUUGACCCCCGGAAUCUCUGUCAUCCCGUGAGCUCAGUCCAGUGCCUGGUGCCAACACCCAGCCCCAACCCAGAGCUGCUGCAUGUGACCUGGGCCCCAGGCCUGGACAACUGCUUGGCCAUUUCAGGUUUUGAUGGCACAGUCCAGGUCUAUGAUGUCACGUCUUGGGAUGGAAAGGGGAGCCAAGCAGAGCCUCUGUUCACUCACAGAGGCCACAUCUUCCUAGAUGGAAAUGAGAUGGACACUGCUCCUCUGGUCACCACCCAUACCUGGCACCCCUGCAAACCCAGGACUUUGUUAUCAGCAGCAAGCGAUGCCUCUGUCCAUGUGUGGGACUGGGUGGACCUCCGUGCCACCUGCUGACACCAGCACCCUCCACCCUGGCCUCUGGAGGAACAGCUGCUCGAGUGGAGAGGACACUGAUGCAAGACUUAGAGACCCUAGUCGGUGCUCCCAGUGUGUGGCCUCAGGCAAGUCAGCAGCCUUUCUUGGCCCCAGUUUUAUCUUUUUUUUUUUUUUGUUUAAUUUGUUUGUUUGAGAUGGUCUCCAGAGCCUCCUGCCUCAGCUUCCCAUGUGCUGGGAUUAUAGGCGGGUACACCACACCUGACUGACCUCUAUUUUCUUUUCUUUUUUUGGUGGGUCUGGAGUUUGAAUGCAAGGCUACACACUUGUAAAGCAGGUGUUCUACUGCUUGAGCCAGACCACCAGUCCAUUUUGCCCUGAUUAUUUUGGAAAUGAGGUCUUGUGAACUGUUUGCCUGGGUUGGCCUAUGGCACAGUAAACUAUUUGGUGGCUGCUAUUCGAUCUGGGAGCACCGCCUCCUCCAAGUGUAAAGUGGUAGCAUUCUGUCCCUGUCCUUGUCACGGUAUUGUAGUGAGACUCAGAAGAGCUCAUGAAUGCAAAUGUGUUGUGUGGACCUCUUUAUAGAAAAAAAUGUGUAAGAGCCAAUUAACACGAAAGGGAGUCAGCCCAGUGACAAGGAGCAUUUAAGGCAGGAUUGUGACAUCUUUGCCAAUCAAAGUGCCUGGUGUUAAAAGGUUUUCCCUUUGAACAGCUGACAGGAGCCAUGAUGCUUAGGGCAGAGGAAGGAGAGGAGUGUCAGGUUCCUUGUCCCGGCUGGCACCACACCUGGUCCAGCUGAGCCACAGGGAAUAUGCGCAGCCUACUAUAUGGCAGUUACAUUUUCCUAGUCUUGCCCUAUUACAGAUAGCCUGCUGAACACCUUGGCACCAUGAGCAGUGUUUGAGGAUAAAUUUCCAAAACCCAGCUCACUGGGGCAGAGGAUAUAUGGCUUUUAGGUUUGUAAACACUGCCAAGGGGCCUUCCGUACAGGUUGUGCCAUUUUCUGUUUCCACCAACAGCGAUGUUCUGCCUCUGUCCCUGUCCACGCUAACAAAGUGUUCAGUGGCCCUGUGGCCCUUGCCAGUCUAAUAAAUGGAAGCUCAGUGCCUGUAGCUUUAGUUUGUAUUUCUUUUAUAG